AUGUUAGUUAAACGUGUUGCUCAACAAACCGAUGUUAAAACAGCCGAACAAUCGGUGACAACAAAACUAUUGCAUACAUCACCGCAAUUGGCGGCCAAUGGCUUUUCGGACGCCUUGUCCCACACUAGAGACGGUCCGCCGGAGUUGUCAAAAGCCACUCCAAUCGCGUGCUAUGAAUGCAAUUCCUUUGUAGACCCCGAUUGUGCCGAUAAGCCGCAGAACUUCGUCAAGAACUGCACCAAUUCGUGGGAGGGCUCGGCUAUCAUCGGCUGCAGGAAAAUAGACCAAUGGGUCGACUAUGACGGCGGCGAAGGUCUCCAUAAACACCACCGAGUGAUCCGACAGUGCGCUGCCGACGGAGACAUAUCUAAGCCGUGCUAUUAUAGGGCAGGAUUUGGGGGUCGGAUCAACGCCUGCUUCUGUGAU